UCCGGCCGGGUUUUGAAAUUAAAGCGCACCGGGAAAUUAGGGCUUUUGUAUGUCAUUUCCAAUUUCAGUUCCAGAGCAAUGGAGGAAACUAUAGACCGAAGGACGUCGGGGACAGUUGAUUUAUCCGGCAAUCUUUGCUCUGCGGUGGAUUUGACCAGCAGGGUGCAUCAGCUGCCUUGCUGUAUCAAGUACAAUGGUUCUUCUGAAGUUUCUAACUACUUCAGACCCAAACCUACUGAGGUCGUAUUUGAUGGGCUAAGCGUAGAGGAAGCUCAUUUUCGAGGAAGGAAGCUCCAGGGCACCACAAUUCCGAUUCCGCAAGGCUAUUCUGGAUAUGUCUUGGGAAAGAAAAAACCUGAUGGAAAAGGAAGCAUGUCUGAGAAAAGCUCAAACUGUUGGGAGGUGAAGGCAAAAUUCCAAAACCUAACAUAUUGGAAUCAUGAUACCCUUCCCUCACACAAUGAUGCUUUACCGCGUACAUUUCACAUGUUUGAUAUUGCAAAAGCAGUAAGUUCUCAUCUAUUAUCACUUCAUCGACCAUUGAGCACUGAGGAACUGGACGCUGUAUCAAUUGACAAGCUGAUUGACGAAUGAUGAAGUGCUUUUCUUAUGUUUUGUAUCCAUCGCCCAUUUUAAGUCAAUCAAAAAGUUUUUGCUAAUUUUGUUAUUUUGGGUGCCGCAACUUUGAAUGCUUGGGGAUUAUUGUAUGUUAUUAACUGUAGAAAAUACACAUGAGUAUUACUUAUUUCUGUGGUUUGAGAAUUGAAACUUGCUUCGCUGGGGCCUGGGGUUGUGGGAGUUUUUGAACAUGGAAAACAUUGUGAUGGGCUGAUGGCUGUAUUUUAACUAUCAAAACCCCUUCCCAAAGGGCAAAGGCUAUAUUCUAGUUUCACCCAGAUUGGGUAUUUCUUGAAGAAAAAGCAUUAAAUGACGAAUUAACCAAAAAUCG